CAUAUUAUACAAGAAAAUAAUCUAUAGAGGUUUGAAAACUGUUCCAUGUUGAUCCUUCUUGUUUGUAGACUGGAAUGACAUCUGUUAGACUACUUAUGUUUUUGAGUUUUCAAUAAUUUAUCAAACUCAUAUUAAAUUUUAGCAUUUUUUCAAAAAAAUUGCGAUUUUCAUCAAAACCCCCUGUCAACGCAGAAACCGUCGAGCUGGCAACACUGCCUGACAAAGGCAACGCGUCAGAAUCAAAGCAACGCGGCGGCAGUUAAGCGUCGCGUCAAUGUGUGACAGACGUCAUUUGAUGACAGCGGAGAUACAUCACCGAACUGUCAACGACUAGACCACGUUUCAUUUGGCAGUUCUUUUACUCAUCGAAGCUCAGUGUGAACGGCAGCAGAUAGAAAGUGAAAUUAAAAGCAAAAGUUUAAAAGAGAAGUACAGUAAGGUAUAAGUGAAAGUAGAGUGAAAACAGGAAAGAUUUGAAAGGCGGUAAGACAGUAUUAUUUGGCAAAGAGCCACGACUGGCAGCAAGGGCGAAUAAAAGGGUACAGCCCACCAAAUUGUAAGAACAGUUAAAUUUAAUCACGAUUGUAACGCCAACUAACAUAAUUUUAUUAACUUAUAGUUGAAGCUAAAUACAACUUUUACGCUACAAAACGGCCUUUUCCCUUCGCCCUACAACCUCGACAAUCUUCAAAAUUUGAGGUAAGAUGGCCGAACAGACGCCAAUUGGAGAUACAACGGAGUUGGAACAAGAGGAAUCCAAUUGUGUGGCCUGCCAACGUCCGGAUAGUGCGGACAAUAUGGUCCAGUGUGACCAAUGCGACGGAUGGCGGCACUAUACAUGCGCCGGGGUGGAUGCGAGUGUGAUGAACCGGUCAUGGGUGUGCGGUGAUUGCACCUCCAUGCAAGAGGAUGCCAUUUCAUUGAAGAGCGGUUCCAGUCGUGCCAGUGCAGCGUCGGCGCUUUCCGUCUGUAUGAGCCAACUGGUGGAAAGGCAGCAGCUAGAACGAAAACGUGCGGAAAUAGAGCUGCAACGCCGCCAUCUUGAUGAGCAACAAAAACUCAUCGACAAAGUGCUGGAAGGGGAAGAAAAUGGCAGCCAUCGCAGUGGAGUUUCAGCGCGCAGUGCUACCAAUGAAGCGGCUUCACCUACUUCAAGUAAGCGUCUUUCUACUCCACUUCCCCCCGGUGCCCCACUAGCAUCAUCUGUUCGUCGUUCGGUACCGGCGCCGGGUACACCCAGAUCGGUAGCGCCACCGAUGGUAACCAUUCCCCUAGCAGUGUUGAAGCCGUCUGCGUCUCAGUCACCACAGGGAACGAAAUCUGAGGAUGCAUUGUUGGAACUCAGGAACCGAGUGGAGCAAUGCGAAAGGCGAGCAAAACCGACACACGAACAGCUAUCAGCACUACAAGCACAGUUGGAACUGUGCCGCAACCUACUUGAGGGAUUUCAAUCCAGUGCGGAAAUGUGCGAACGAGUCGGACAACCGGAAGCAAGCAGUACAGUGACGGAGCAGCUACCAAAGCCAGCGGCAAACCAGCCGCGCAUGGAGAAGCAGACUGUCCCGGAGGACGAACGAAUUCGGUCUAAAAAUGGUUCCGAAGCUGAAGCAGUAGGUGGAAUCGACCCAAUGAAUCGUCGCUGGCCUGUGAGGGAACCGGUAAGCCAUACUAGUUUGGCAGCGGUAAGUCAAACAAUCGCAGCAACGGAAAGCAAUCCAAGCUAUAUGGAACCCCCAGGUAAGCGUCAAGCCUUGAGUAAUUAUUCAAUAAAUGCAAACGAAUACACCUCUCAAUAUUGCCCCACGACCAAUAUGUAUGAAAUUUCCCGUGAACAGUCGCGAAAUUUCGCGCAUCCGGGAAAUAGUAAAAUGCCUCCUGAAGUUCCCCGCGAGCAGCAGCAAGUUUUUCACGCGCGCCCGGGUGUAACACAAAUACUAACUCUGCCCAAGAGUCAAUAUAAGAAUAAAACCGAUGAACGAAUGCGUGAUUCCCCCACAUACCCGGUUGAAUUCAAUAAAUUUCCCCUGCCCCCUCGUCUGUCAGAAAAUGUGUAUCAAGACCAAGUGAUUCCCCCUCGAGCUCCAGGAGGUCCAACGCAGCAGCAGCUAGCAGCACGGCAGUCCCUGGCUAAGGAACUUCCCCGAUUCUCUGGAGACCCAGCGGAUUGGCCGAUCUUUAUUUCAAGCUAUCGAUACACAACAGAAGCCUGCGGCUUUUCGGAUGGUGAGAACAUGCUUCGCCUGCAACGAUGUUUGUCUGGUUCUGCGCUUGAAACAGUACGUAGUCGGCUGGUGUUACCAGCAGCGGUUCCCCAAGUGAUCGAGACACUUCGUAUGCGAUUUGGACGUCCUGAGUUGCUGAUCAACGCUCUGCUACGCAAGGUGCGAGACAUCCCAGCACCACGGUCCGACAGAUUGGAAGGUCUCAUCGAUUUCGGGAUGGCGGUGCAAGCGUUAUGCGACCACAUCGAAGCGGCGAACGAACGCGCUCAUUUAUCGAAUCCUUCACUACUACAGGAACUCGUUGCGAAGCUUCCCGCAGAUCAAAGGAUGAUGUGGGCAGGAUAUAAGCGUAGUUUUCAAGUCGUCGAUUUAAAAACCUUCGGCGAUUACAUGACGUCGGUGGUGCAGGACGCGUCGAGCGUAGUAACCUUCGAACCUGAGUCCAGAAGGAACAACCCACGCGAUCGUCCAAAGAACAAAGCGUUCGUGAACACUCACGCGAUGGAAGGAGCAGUCAGUUCUGUACGAUCAAUAAAUGUGCCAACCGGCGCAGCGAAACAGUUUGACUGCGCACACUGUAGCAAAACUGGUCAUCGAGUGCGCGAGUGUAUUGCAUUUAAAGCGUUGCACGUCGACGACCGCUGGAGAAGAGUCCGAGCUUUAGGUCUUUGUCAGAAUUGUCUAUUCAGCCAUGGACGCAGGGCGUGUCGGAUUCGUAGUAGUUGUGACAUCGAGGGUUGUCAGUUCCGCCAUCAUCCACUGCUUCACUCUCUACGUGGGCCUCCAAAGGCUCCAGCAUCGAAUGCAUUAGUGGCGGAGAAUCACACCCACCGUCUUCUGACUUCGUCGACGCUGUUUCGGAUAAUUCCCGUGAUCCUACAUGGAAGCGACGUCUCGAUUGAUACCUUUGCAUUCUUGGACGAGGGAUCAGAUCUGACACUAAUGGAACAUGAUCUGGCUGUAUCGUUGGGUUUGAAAGGUAGCCCUCAGCCUUUGUGUCUACGCUGGACGGGAAACACUUCCCGCAUGGAAAAGGAAUCGCAACGCAUCACUUUCGAGAUCGCAGGUGAAGGACAGCACAAACGGCACAAGAUAGUGAACGCAAGAACGGUUCAAUGUCUCAAUCUGCCGAGUCAGAGUUUCCAGGUGGAAGAAGCAGCGACAAAACACGCGCACCUUAGGGGGAUUCCGGUUAGCAGCUACCAUAACGCAAAGCCUAAGAUCCUCAUAGGAAUCGACAACCUACGACUUGCGCUACCACUUAAAGUAAGAGAGGGCGAUGGUACCGGUCCUAUAGCUGCGAGAACCAGAUUGGGCUGGUGUGUCUACGGCCCGCGAGAAAGCGGUGACACAGAAGCUUAUAAUUUCCACGUAAGCAGAUGCGAUUGCGACGAAGAACUUCACGAUACGGUGAAGCAGUUUUUUGCCAUCGAAGAAGCAGGCGUGCGCCCGUCAAACAUUCCAAUGUCUAAGGAAGAACAACGAGCGCUAACUAUCCUGGAAACUACAACCCGACGAGUAGAGAACCGUUUCGAAACGGGUUUGUUGUGGAAAGAAGACAAUGUAGAAUUCCCGAACAGCUACACGAUGGCGGUACGUCGUCUAGAAUGUCUCGAACGCAGAAUGGAUCGCGAUCCGCUGCUAAAAGAGAACCUCCAUCGACAGAUGUGCGAAUACGAGGCAAAGGGUUACGCGCACAGGGCUACGAAAGCGGAGAUAGAUGCAGCGGACCCAAGAAGGGUAUGGUACCUCCCGGUGGGAGCGGUAAUAAACCCUAAGAAACCAGGAAAGGUCCGAGUUAUUUGGGAUGCAGCCGCCAAAGUCGAUGGAGUCUCACUUAACAGCGCUCUUCUCAAAGGUCCGGAUCAACUCUCGUCACUUCCAGCCGUGCUAUUCCGCUUUCGACAGUAUGGGGUGGCGGUCAGCUCGGAUAUUCAGGAAAUGUUCCACCAAAUCCGUAUCCGAGAGGCAGAUAAGAAUUCCCAGCGCUUCUUGUGGCGCGCUUGUCCAUCGGAGAAACCUACGAUCUACUUGAUGGAUGUCGCUACCUUCGGGAGCACCUGUUCGCCAGCUUCGGCACAAUUCGUCAAAAAUCGGAACGCAGUACAGCACGCUGAACUGUUUCCUGAGGCAUCGAAAGCGAUCGUCCACGAUCACUACGUUGACGAUUACCUGUCGAGUUUCGGAUCCGCAGAAGAGGCAACAAAGGUAGCAAACGACGUGCGAUACAUUCACGGCCAAGGAGGCUUCAAAUUGCACAACUGGCGGUCAAAUAGCAGCACGGUCCUCGAGCAACUGGGCGAAGUACCAGAUGGAACUGAGAAGCAACUGAACCUGAUCGACGGGUCGACAACCGAGAGAGUGCUCGGUAUGCUUUGGAGCCCAUCAUCCGAUGAACUGAGUUUCUCUACUCAAAUGAGCGACGAGGUACAAACACUGAUUCGCAUGGUAACCCGACCGACGAAGAGGCAGAUUCUACGUUGCGUCAUGACGUUGUUUGAUCCACUGGGGUUACUCUCGCCGUUUAUCAUCCACGGAAAGGUCUUGAUCCAGGACCUGUGGCGCGAAGGCACGGAUUGGGACGAACAAGUAGGCGAUUUAGUCUAUGCGAAGUGGCAGAGGUGGAUCGAGAUGAUCAACCAUAUCGCAGAGAUCCGAAUUCCCAGAUUGCAGCUUAGUAGCGGCAAAAUCAAAGGUCGCCCCCUGAAACCGUGGUCUAUUCCCAGGCUGGAACUGCAGGCGUGUGUACUGGGCGUACGGUGGUCAAAAUUUGUCAAGGAAAACCUCGACGUCCCGGUUUCCAAAACGGUUUUCUGGACCGAUUCCAGAACGGCGCUAUCCUGGAUUAAUGCCGACCCUCGAAACUAUCGACAGUUCGUGUCCUGUAGAGUAGGUGAGAUACUUGAGCAUACUUCGGUAAGUGACUGGAGAUGGGUGCCUUCCAAAUCCAAUCCAGCGGACGAAGCAACGAAAUGGGGUAGUGGACCGUACUUCAACCACGACAGCAAGUGGUUCCAAGGACCGCAUUUCCUGAAUCUCCUGGAAGCAGAUUGGACCUGUCGCAAAGAACCGGUGAUGGUUACCGUGGAAGAAAUGCGUGUAUCGACACUACAUCACAGUUCGUUUGAACCAACGAUCGAUUUCGACCGAUUCUCUUCCUGGGACAGGUUGCAACGUGCGACCGCAUACGUUCUCCGUUUUCUGCACAAUGUAUCGAAGAAACAGCCGCGAUAUAGUGGACAGCUGCAACAGUCGGAGCUGAAGGCUGCUGAAGAAGUCAUCUUCAAGUUGGUGCAACGUGAACAAUACCGGGACGAAGUUGCAGCGCUGUCAAACAAAGCGCCCAAUGAGACCGGUCAAGAAGUCAUCGGGAAAAACAGUUGCAUCUACCAAAUGAUGCCGAAGCUGGACGAGAAGGGUUUGCUACGUGAACAGGGUCGAAUCGCGGCAGUUAAGAACGUCGCCUACAACGUGCGCCAUCCCGUGAUUCUACCGAGAAGGCAUCGCGUCACGGAACUUCUGGUGCAUCGAUUCCACCGCAACUUUCGCCAUGGCAAUGCUGAAACGGUCGUUAACGAAGUUCGACAAUUGUACGCUAUCCCGAGGCUUCGAUUGGUGGUCAAGAAAGUGGGCAGAGAAUGCCCGUCCUGCAAAAUACGGCGAACCAGACCAAUGAUCCCUCCAAUGGCACCACUGCCAUCUGCCCGCUUAGCCCAUCACGAGCGAGCUUUCACCUACACAGGGGUGGAUUAUUUCGGACCAUUGCUGGUGAAGUUGGGGCGAUCCAAUGUAAAGCGAUGGGUCGCACUGUUCACCUGCCUAACGAUUCGUGCCGUACACCUAGAAAUCGCCUACACACUAUCAACAGAGUCCUGUAUUUCGUGCGUCCGCCGAUUCGUUGGACGGCGCGGGCCACCUGCCGAGUUUUUCAGCGACAACGGAACGAAUUUCCAAGGAGCCGAUCGAGUACUGCAGCACCAGAUAAGCCAGGGACUGUCCGCAACGUUUACCAGUGCAAACACGAAGUGGAACUUCAUACCACCAGGAGCGCCACACAUGGGCGGAGCGUGGGAACGCCUAGUACAGUCCGUUAAAGCUGCAAUGAAAGAAGCGUAUUCCGAGGGGAAGCUUGACGACGAGGGGUUGCAGACGUUGGUCGUGGAGGCUGAAAGUAUCGUAAACUCAAGGCCUCUGACGUAUCUGCCAUUGGAGAGCGAGGAGACCGAGGCACUCACCCCGAACCACUUCCUGUUGCUAAGUUCGAACGGAAUAAAGCAAACAAACGACAAAGAUGCAGGACCGAGACAGUUCAGCGAAUCAGUUCGGUGUCGAAUCCUGGGGGAUUCCUGGGAGCACAUCCAGCAUCAGUUAAAAGUCUUCUGGGGGCGCUGGUUGCUGGAAUAUCUGCCCGUGAUCCGCCGGCAACCGAAGUGGUUCAGCGAGACACCAUCACUGGAACCAGGCGACCUAGUGAUGGUCGCUGAUCCGACGAGACGGAGUGGAUGGGAGCGAGGGCGAAUAGUCCGCCUGAAGCAGCAUGCGGACGGUAGAAAUCGACGAGCGGUCGUGAAGAUAGGCGACAAGACUUGUAUUCGACCGGUGACGCGGUUGGCUUUGCUCGACGUCAAGAAGAGUGGAGCUCCGGCGGACUCCGGACUACACCCGGGGGAGACUGUCAACGCAGAAACCGUCGAGCUGGCAACACUGCCUGACAAAGGCAACGCGUCAGAAUCAAAGCAACGCGGCGGCAGUUAAGCGUCGCGUCAAUGUGUGACAGACGUCAUUUGAUGACAGCGGAGAUACAUCACCGAACUGUCAACGACUAGACCACGUUUCAUUUGGCAGUUCUUUUACUCAUCGAAGCUCAGUGUGAACGGCAGCAGAUAGAAAGUGAAAUUAAAAGCAAAAGUUUAAAAGAGAAGUACAGUAAGGUAUAAGUGAAAGUAGAGUGAAAACAGGAAAGAUUUGAAAGGCGGUAAGACAGUAUUAUUUGGCAAAGAGCCACGACUGGCAGCAAGGGCGAAUAAAAGGGUACAGCCCACCAAAUUGUAAGAACAGUUAAAUUUAAUCACGAUUGUAACGCCAACUAACAUAAUUUUAUUAACUUAUAGUUGAAGCUAAAUACAACUUUUACGCUACAAAACGGCCUUUUCCCUUCGCCC